AUGUCUGGUGAUUCAUCAGACGAACCGAGCAAGAGUUCUUCCUCCUCUUCAAGCAAAGGCGGCAAAAGCAGCAAAGAGAAGAAAGACAGCGAGAAAGAGGACAAAGAAGAGCUGUCCACGGAGGAUGCAGUUCUCGGGGCGGUCUUAGGUCUGCUGUUUCCCCAGCUCGUCAACAUUCCGGGAAUACAGGCUUUGAUCCCUGGCCUGGGGGUCUUGCAGGGUAACGCUGCCGAGGGAGUGGGCGUGGUUGGUUUCAAUGGCAACGGUGGGGCGUUGGGGGGUGAUGGUCUCGGGGUGCCUGGCCUGGCCGGAGGUCUUGGAGGUCUGGGAGGUCUGGGAGGUCUGGGAGGUCUGGGAGGUCUGGGAGGUUUGGGAGGUCUGGGAGGUCUGGGAGGAGGUUUAGGAGGAGGUUUAGGAGGAGGUUUAGGAGGUCUUGGAGGUCUGGGAGGUCUGGGAGGUGUUGGCGGUGGGAACGGCCUAGGUAAUGUCGGAGGACAGGGAGGGGUUGGAGCUUUUGCUGGGGCCAACGGUCCUGGUUUUGGGGUCGGGGGACUGCCUGGUCUUGGAGGAGUCGGUAACGGGAAUGGAGGGAACGGUCGUGUUCCAGGGGUCGGAGGUCAACCUGGCCUAGGGGUCGGAGGUCAACCUGGCCUGGGGGUCGGAGGUCAGCCUGGUCUGGGGGUCGGAGGUCAACCCGGAGGUCCAGGCGGUGCUGGGAACGGGGUUGGCCCCGGUGGAGUGGGCGGGCCGGGAGUGGUGGGCGUGGUGAACAUCCCAGGUCUGGGCCCUGUGCCUGUCUCUGUGCUGGACGGCUUCGUGGGUGGCGGGAACGUGGCAGACGACGGGAACGUGUACCUGAGGGUCAGUGACGUAGGCGGUAUCAACAACCAGGGUCUGGGGAUACCCGGGGUAGACACGCUCGUCCUCCUGCCCCCGCGAGGUCCCACCAACAUCCAGGGUGGUGGGAAUAUUCAGGGUCGUGGUAUUCAAGGGUUAAAUAAUCAGGGUCUGGGCAUUCCAGGGUUAAAUAUUCAGGGUCGCGGUAUUCAAGGGUUAAAUAAUCAGGCUCGUGGGAAUAUUCAGGGUCGGGGCAUUCAAUGGUUAAAUAAUCAGGGUCUGGGCAUUCCAGGGUUAAAUAUUCAGGGUCGCGGUAUUCAAGGGUUAAAUAAUCAGGCUCGUGGGAAUAUUCAGGGUCGGGGUAUUCAAGGGUUAAAUAACCAAGGUCUGGGUAUUCUAGGGUUAAACAAUCAGGGUCUUGGCGUCAAAGUCAAAGGGUUAAAUAAUCAGGGUGUUGGCGUCAAGAGGUUAAAUGAUAAGGGUCGUGGUAUUCAAGGGUUAAAUAAUCAGGGUCUUGGCGUCAAAGGGUUAAAUGAUAAGGGUCGUGGUAUUCAAGGGUUAAACAAUCAGAGUCAUGGUAUUCAAGGGUUAAAUAAUCAGGGUGGUGGUAUUCAAGGGUUAAAUAAUCAGAGCAGUGGUACUCAAGGGUUAGAUGAUAAGGAUCUUGGCACAAUGGGAUUGAAAAAUCAGGGUCGUGGUACUCAAAGGUUAAAUAAACAGGGUCCUGAAAAUCAGGGUUUGAAUACUGAGACUUCUGGCUUUCACGGUGAAAAUAAUCAGAUUUCAACUAAUCAGGGUGUGGAUUCCCAAAGUGCUCCGGAGCCAGGAACUCAGAGCGGGAAUAACCAGGUUUUAGAUAUUCCCAUUUUGGGAGUACAUGGACUGAACAACAAAGAGAUCGACCUGAAGGAACCGGAAAAAAAUGGAAAGAACCAUAGACUUAAAAAGAUUAAUGAAGGCGUAAAACGCGACGGAAAGACAGUCCCAGAGGUUGAGGAAGAGGGCGAAAAGAAGAAAGGGAAAAGUAAGGGGUUAACGGGUAAGGGGCUGUCAGUGACCGAUGACGUCAGCGCGGUCAGCCGACGGCCGGCAAGAGUCAAUGAAGUGGACCCAGGUUUUGUUUUGACAAGGUAG